AUGGCGGAGAAGACGCAGACUACGGCAAAUGUCACAAACGGCGCGAAUGGCCCAUCCGCGCAACCUCCGCUGAAGAAGCAGGACAGCGAUAAAGACUUUGACGACUACUUUAUUGGACCGCGCGAUCUUGACCACCAUUCGAAAUGGCCUGUCUUCCUCCGAAUCCAUGGCAGUGUGACGCCGGAGAUGGUGCUGCCGCUGCUCUUUGUAGCUGGCUGGUCGAGCAUGAUUACACUUAUCUCCAAGUUCGUACAUGAUCUUGGCAUCAACCAGCUUCUUCUCACCGUCCUCGGUUUCGUCGUUGGUCUUGCUCUCAGCUUCCGCAGCUCCACCGCAUACGAGCGUUACAACGACGGUCGCAAGUACUGGGCACAGCUGACACUCGCGUCGCAAAAUCUCGCACGUCUCAUCUGGAUUCACGUCGAUGAGAGACACCUCAAAGAUGCCGAGCUCGGAAAACAGGACCUCCUUGCAAAGAUCAACUGCCUCAACCUGAUUGCCGCUUACGCAGUGGCACUGAAGCACAAGCUUCGCUUCGAACCCUACAUGCACUAUGACGAUCUCAAGCACCUCGUCGGCCACUUGGACACAUUUGCGCGCGACGCCGACCGGCCAGACGAGAAGAAGAAAAGUAAUGUCUUCAAGACCGCAGGCCAGUUCCUCGGUCUUCCCAUGGCCGAGUCCAACCCCCGCAAACUGCUGAAGCGCUCGCGCGUGCCGCUUGGUAACCUUCCCCUCGAGAUCCUCAGCCAUUUGAGCGUCUAUAUGAAGUCCAUAUACGACAAUGGGACUUUCAAAGUCUCAAUCUACCAGACCCAAUCCCUCAACGCGCUUACCACCUUCAACGAUGUGCUCACAGGCACUGAUAGAAUCCUCAGCACGCCAUUGCCAAUUGCAUACAGCAUUGCUAUCAGCCAGAUUACAUGGGUCUAUAUCCUACUUCUACCAUUCCAGCUGUACAAAACCCUAGGCUGGGUGACGAUCCCUGCCAGCAUCUUCGCGGCGUACAUCAUCCUAGGCAUCGCGCUCAUCGGACGCGAGAUUGAGAACCCAUUCGGCGAUGACGUUAACGAUCUACCGCUCGAUGCGUUCUGCGAGCAGAUCAGGAAAGACAUCGACAUCAUCAUGAGCAAGUCAGCACCGAGUAUCGAGGAGGUAGUCAUGCAUCCCGAGAACCAACUUCUUUACCCGUUGAGCAGUCUGGGCAGCGCCGGGUGGGCUGCGAAAAGUGUCGAGGAGAUCAGGGACGCGCUGGCGAGUAAGCCUGGAUUGCACUUCCCAUUGGUCGAGCAUAGUGAACAUCCCAAGCCAAGCCACUCCGUUAGUACUGGAGCUCAUCAUCGCACGACGAGUGAUGACCGUGCUGAGAUGGGUGAAGCUGGGCAUGGUGGACACGGUGCUGGGGCGGGCGAUGGCGGCGAUUAA